AUGAGGAGCAGCUCUCCCCGUCCUCCUCCUCCUUCUCCGGGCAUGGCUUCCUCCUCCUGUCCCCAGUGCUCGGGCUGCGGGAUGGGCCGGCACCUGCUGGAGGAGGGCGGGGCUGCGCUCACCUGUCCCAGGUACAGUCCGGAGACCCCCGCCCCUCUCCCGCCGGACCCGCCGCGCGUCUCCCCGGGGAACAUGGGGGGGAAGCGGCUGCAGCGCCUGAUGCACAAUGUGCGCCGCCUGCCACAUAGAUACCAUCUGCUGGGGGGCAGCGAGCUGAAGGCGGAGGCGGAUGAUCAGUGUGAGCUGAAAUCAGUGGGACAAGAAGAUGACAUCAUCCCGUUACCUGCCAAGGAAGCGAGCCGGCUGGAUGAGAGCGAGCUCAUUAAGUUCUUACAUGUGGAUGUGAACAGCGGCCUGUCCGAGGGCUCCGUGCUCCAGCGCCGGGGGAAACAUGGCUGGAACGAGUUUCAGGUGGAUAAUUCGGAUCCCAUCUGGAAGAAAUACCUGGGACAGUUCACAAAUCCGCUCAUCCUGCUGCUGCUGGGCUCUGCGCUGGUCAGCGUCGUGACCAAGGAGUACGAGGACGCCGUCAGCAUCACAGUGGCGAUAUUAAUCGUGGUCACCGUGGCUUUCGUGCAGGAAUAUCGCUCAGAAAAAUCUCUUGAGGAGUUAAACAAACUGGUGCCCCCCGAAUGUAACUGUGUCCGUAAUGGGAAGCUGCAGCAUCUACUUGCUCGAGAACUGGUCCCUGGAGAUGUGGUGUGUCUGACAGUCGGCGACCGGGUCCCUGCAGACAUCAGACUAAUUGAGACGACGGAUCUGUUAGUGGAUGAGUCCAGUUUUACUGGUGAGACAGAACCAUGCAGCAAAAUCCACGGAUCGGUGGACGAAGCAAGCGGCCUGACAACACUGAGCAACAUUGUCUUCAUGGGCACGCUGGUCCGAUACGGAAAAGGAAAGGGAAUCGUCAUUUGUGUGGGAGAGAAGUCGCAGUUCGGAGAAGUCUUCAAGAUGAUGCAGGCAGAGGAGACUCCUAAAACACCUCUGCAGAAAAGUAUGGACAAGCUGGGGAAGCAACUGUCCCUCUUCUCAUUUGGAAUAAUAGGGCUCAUCAUGCUGAUUGGCUGGCUGCAGGGGAAGCCUCUGCUCAGCAUGUUCACCAUUGGAGUCAGUCUUGCCGUGGCCGCUAUUCCAGAAGGUCUCCCCAUUGUGGUGACAGUGACGCUGGCCCUUGGGGUAAUGAGAAUGGCCAAGAAGCGGGUGAUCGUCAAGAAGCUGCCCAUAGUGGAGACGCUGGGUUGCUGCAAUGUCAUUUGCUCCGACAAGACUGGCACUCUGACCGCCAACGAGAUGACAGCCACCAGAUUAGUCACGUCGGACGGGCUGCACGCGGAGAUCACCGGUGUUGGCUACGAUGGAAAAGGAUCCGUCAACUUACUGCCGUCCAAUGAUGAGCUCCGAGAAUUCUCCAACGUCUCUGUAGGAAAACUGGUGGAGGCCGGCUGUGUGGCCAACAACGCUAUCAUCCGUGCAGACAGUCUCAUGGGUCAACCAACAGAGGGCGCCCUACUAGUCCUGGCAAUGAAGGUAGGCUCAUCCAUGUGUGGUCACAGAUCAGCAGCGCCUCCGGUAUCGCCGCUCAAGUUCCCGCGGUUCAGUUUGGGGGUGGAGCCUGUGGAUAAAGAUGCCAUCAAGCAGCCCCCCAGGAAUGCCAAGGAAGCGAUCCUUAGCAAAGCCUUACUCCUGAAGAUCCUGCUCUCGGCCGCCAUCAUCAUCAGCGGGACGCUCUUUGUCUUCUGGAAAGAGAUUCCGGAUGGGAAAGUGACUCCCAGAACCACGACGAUGACCUUCACGUGUUUCGUGUUUUUUGACAUGUUCAACGCCUUGUCCUGCCGGUCGCUGAAUAAAACAAUCUUUGAGAUCGGCAUCUUCAGGAACCGGAUGUUCUGGCUGUCCGUGGUCGGCUCCAUCCUGGGUCAAAUGGCCGUAAUCUACAUCCCCCCCCUGCAGAAAGUGUUCCUGACACAGAACCUACAUGCACUGGACCUGCUCUUCCUCACCGGUCUGGCGUCCUCCGUCUUCGUGGUGUCGGAGCUGAUUAAACUCUGCGAGCAGUGCUGCUGCCGGAAGAAGAUGGUGAAAGUCCUAGAAGAGGAAAUCUGAAGACGACCGCGUAGCUCUU